CCAUGUUAAACUGAGUGUUUUAAUAUGAACUAGAAUUGCAGCAAUGUUGACAUAUGUCUUGCAUAAAUGCAACUAUUUUAGAAGUCCCAUUGAUUUCAACGAAACAUAUCCAGGUAAGUGUGUAAAGGACUGGAGUCUAACAGCUGCAUUCUCAACAUUCACCACGCCCCCCCCCCAUAUGUUUGCUGAUGGGAGUUAGGAUAUGCUGGCGGGGGAAAUUUCCUGACCUGGGGACGGCAACGGGACGGCGCGUGCUCUGCAGCAGUUUAUUAGCCAGAGAUGGUUCCGCGGCACCCGUGGUAUCAAGCUUUGGGCUCCAAACAGGGCGUUACUAGGGGCAGAGCAAAGCCACCGGAUCCCAAAUUGCUUCGUCCCCGAUCGGUGUUUCAACUUUAUUACCAGAGCCGAAAUUGAGUAAGCGGACUCUUCGGAGUGCGUCUCUGCAAAAAAAAAAACCCAAGCAUGUUCAGGGCAGGUAGUAGGAAACUCUUAAAGCUUCCGCCUGUUGGGUUUGGAAAUCGGAAAAUCCUUCCUCGCUCUAUAAGAACAAUGGGGAGACUCGUCGGUUUCCUCCCCUCCUCCACUGCCGGGGCUGCCUCGGCUUCUGCCUGAGGGAAAGGCGCAAAAGCGCAAGCGCCACGGAGACGCUCCAUUGGCCGCCGCCUCCCUGCUAAGGCCCGGCGCUUCACGCAAUUAGACUGAGCCGGGCGCGCCUUUUCGUGGUGAGAGAGACAAGGGGAAAGAGUUUGCUCGCGCCUUCAGUGCAGCUGCUUGUCAGGGGAAGCCGCUGCUUCGCCUCCUCCGCUGUCUUAAUUGUAGCAGCAGCAGCAGAAGCGAGCUCGGCUGACGGAGCGAGGCCGCCGAGAUGUUCGUGGCGCGCAGCAUCGCGGCCGACCACCGCGACCUCAUCCACGACGUUUCCUUCGACUUCCAUGGGCGGCGCAUGGCGACCUGCUCCAGCGACCAGAGUGUCAAGGUUUGGGACAAAGGUGAAAAUGGAGAAUGGCACUGUACUGCCAGCUGGAAGACACAUAGUGGAUCUGUGUGGCGUGUUACAUGGGCACAUCCAGAGUUUGGACAAGUCUUGGCUUCCUGCUCUUUUGACAGAACAGCUGCUGUAUGGGAAGAAAUAGUAGGAGAAUCAAAUGAUAAACUUCGAGGGCAAAGUCACUGGGUGAAGAGGACUACUCUGGUUGACAGUAGGACAUCAGUUACAGAUGUAAAGUUUGCUCCUAAGCAUAUGGGCCUCAUGCUGGCAACAUGUUCAGCAGAUGGAGUUGUUAGGAUAUAUGAAGCACCAGAUGUUAUGAAUCUCAGUCAGUGGUCACUUCAGCAUGAAAUCUCAUGUAAACUAAGCUGCAGUUGUAUUUCUUGGAAUCCUUCAAGCUCUCGCGCUCAUGCACCUAUGAUAGCUGUAGGAAGUGAUGACAGCAGCCCAAAUGUACUGGCAAAAGUUCAGAUUUAUGAAUACAAUGAAAAUACCAGGAAGUAUGCAAAAGCAGAAACACUUAUGACAGUCACAGACCCUGUGCAUGAUAUUGCAUUUGCUCCAAACCUGGGAAGGUCCUUCCAUAUAUUGGCUGUAGCUACCAAAGAUGUGCGAAUUUUCACAUUAAAACCACUAAGAAAGGAACUGACUUCUUCAUCAGGCCUGACAAAAUUUGAAGUUCAGUUAGUGGCUCAGUUUGAUAACCACAAUUCUCAGGUCUGGCGUGUAAGUUGGAACAUCACAGGCACUGUGCUUGCAUCUUCAGGAGACGAUGGGUGUGUAAGGCUUUGGAAAGCUAACUACAUGGACAACUGGAAGUGUACUGGAAUUUUGAAAGGUAAUGGGAGUCCAGUCAAUGCUAGUUCCACUCAGCAGGGAGUUUUUAAUGCUCCUUUAGGCACAGCCAAUUCAAGCCUCCAGAAUUCAGUAAACGGAACAUCUGCUGGCAGGUCUCUUUGACUUCAGCCUCCUGUGCUGCUCUCCUACGGUACUUCUUGAGACUCCUUGGGAACAUGACCCUCUUCCAAUCCUGUUCUGCACUAGCCCUAGGCAACCACUUUUUAAAAUUAGCUUUCAACACAGGAGUCUAUUUUUGGCCUGUCCUCACAAACUUGAUUCUGAAAGGAACCAUUGUUGCGGGAUCAACUUUUUGUAUAGGAUUGCCUUGGGCAGCUUCAUACAGCCGCAACCAUUUGAUGAACACAAUUCAGACUAUAUGCUGUAGAUUUAUGUUUUCCACACUUUUACCCACAAAUAUGAGUGCUAGAAACACAGCAUUCUAUAAAAUUCAAGUGGUCAUGUAUUCAAAUCUGUUCAGUUAAACAGGGUUCUUGUGUUUCCAUUUCUCCCUUAUAAUCUCAGAGUUACAUUUCAGAGGAAAAUUUUGUAUUCCAGGGCACAACUUUGGAGUCAGAAAUAGUAAAGCUUUAAUAAUGAGAUGUAUACUUGCUGUUGUGGGGUGGAAGAACCCUUUUGAUAUGCUUUUGAAAAUGGGGCCGAACUCAGACAUAUUGUAUUGCCCUGAUGAUUCUAUAUAAACAGAAAUGUAAAUGCUGAGUUUUAGAAACAGGCUGAUACGAUAGAAUAUUGUUAUAAUGGCUCAGCAUUCUGGUACUUUUGUUAGUAACACUACUAGUAACACUACUAACACUUUUGGAGAUCAACGUCACCAACAUCCUAUGCUUAACAAGGAAAUAAUUAAAAUUGUUUUGAGAAGUGAUUGAAAAGAUUAAAAUUUAAUAAACCUACCAAAUACUGUUCAACAGUAUUCUUAUUGUGCUUAUAACCAUAUGUGUCUAAAAUUGUGAUGCAUUUUCCCUUCUCCAUUUGUAUUAUGUCCUUUUUAACAGAAAGCACAGCUGAACCCAAGCUAACUGGAGUAACUUUGCUGUUUUGCUGCUUGUUGCAUGCACACAGGAAUGGAAAGCGAACUCCUUUCCCCCCUCCCCAGCGCCGUUUGACCUCUUCCCAAGACACCAGCAGUCUGCCUACUACUAAAAGCAAAUCAAAAAGCUCUAUUAAAAAUCACUGUAUGCGUACUUUGCUAGCCAGCACAGUAUGACCUUGUUGGAACCUGCGGAAAAAAACAGUAACAGGGAGAGUUUUCUUGUGGAGACACUUCUCCUCCUCUUCAGAAAAAGAUUUUAAUAAAUCAGAGCGGGGGAAGUUCACCCAAGUAACAAGGAUUACCAUCCUUUAUAUUUGAGGUGUUGGGUGCGGAAAGUAUUAGUGUGAAGCCUUGGUAAUCAGUUGAUUUUGUUCUACAUUUUGUUCAAAUGAUUCUUAACCAAUACAUUUUUGUUAAUGGAUUUGCAACGUGCAAACUUAACUAAGCAAUGUAAACAUUGUUGUAGCUUGACAGUUGUACAGUUAGUAUCUUAAUUUGGAAUUGCUUCACAAUUAAUUAAAUGCUAUUUCAGAGUAAACAAACAAAAAAAUCACCAGAAGCCCCCACACUAAUUAAUGUCUACUUAGUGAGAAUGAUCUUACCUGAUAGUUGCAUGUUCCUGUGGCAUGAUUCCAUGGAAUAAUUAGCAAGACUUCCUUUGGUCACAAUAUUGUAGUGGAGAACCAUAUCCAGAUGAAUGUUUGUCAUGUGGCAUUGACAAGUUGCUCUGGAAUUAUUGUCCAUUGCCUUCAAGAUGCUUCAUGCAUUACAUAGUGAGGACACACACUGCUUCUGUGCAAUUGAGUUAUUGCUCUGGAACAGACUGAAGCAAUGUCCUAUUGCAAACAUUCAUCAGGACAUGGCAAGAAAAUGCCUUGUUUUAUAUAGCGGCAUGUCAAUGUAGCUCUAAAUAUGUCCUGUCUCCAGAUUCUACUAACUUUGCCAUUCUGUUCUGUAAAUUUGUCUACAUUUCCAAAGAGUUGUAAAGAUUACAAAGUGGUGUCUUUAAUAUUACGGGUAAGUCAUAAAAAGUGACAUGUAAUAGUUCUUUAAGCCUUUAAUUUACCAGAUGUAUUUGGUUUAUCCUACAUUUUUUCCAGAAUUAUGUAUAUAUGCACCCAGACUGUAUUUCAGUGGAAAAGGAGUCACUUGUAUAUUGUGAAAAUCUAAGCACUGUAAAAACAGAUUUUUUUCCACAUCUGUCCUAUAAAAUCUGCAUUCAAGUUAAUGUGGGUUCAAAUACAGCAUAUAUAUAUCUGCAUAAUUAAUGUGUGCCUGUUUUUCUGCAAGUGUUUACUAAAAACAUUGAGUUACAUGGUUUUAAGGAGGGAGCAAACAUGUUGAUAGUUAGGAACUCAUUUAAUUUACAGAUAAUUUAUUAUUUUGCAAAAUGCACAUAAGGCAUAUCUUAAUUUAGAGAUAGAUAUUGUAUUCGAACCAAAUAGUUUCCAGACUGCCAUAACCAAUUUUGUUUUGAUUGCGAACUUGAUUUUGGCCAUUAUAUUUUAUUUUUGGCAUGGAUUUACUAAAGCCUUCACCCCCUCCCGCCCCCCAGCAUGUCUUUUCUCUUCCCCUUUGGUUCUCCUCAUAUUUACUACUAUUCUCUUUUUUCUUGUUUUUUUCCUUUUUUCUUUUUUGGUGUUCCUGUCUUCAUUGUUUUCAGGUAUUUCUUUCCCCCUCUGGAUUCCCCACGGGCUGGAUCAAGAUGGUCCAGUUAUGCCCAGCUCCUACCUCCUGCUCCUCUGAUAGAGCACUCUUGCGAUGCUGCCACUGCCAAUCUCCAGUAUCCUCACCCUCG